AUGGUCCUGAGCACCCACAGCCCCGCCGCGCUCAAAGUGGGCAGGCAGCAGAUCAUCCCCAAGGGCCUGGCUUCCGAAACGAGGGUGACCAGCAAAGGCAGCAGCCAGAACGCGGAGGCGAGCAAGAGGGUGCUGAAGGCCCGCAGCAUGGUGGAGGGCCUCAGCGUGCCGUCGGCCGAUGCAGAGGAGGAGGCGGAGGGCGACCUGGACAGCCCAGGCACCCUGAGGCGAGGCCUGAGAUCGACGUCCUACCGCAGAGCGGUGGUGAGCGGCGUGGACUUCGACAGCUCUUCUAAUUAUAAGAAAAAAAACAGAAUGUCCCAACCCGUACUUAAAGCAGUUGUUGAAGAUAAAGAGAAAUUUUCGAGCCUGGGGAGGAUAAAGAAGAAAAUGCUGAAAGGACAAGGGACGUUUGAUGGGGAAGAAAACGCUGUAUUAUAUCAGAACUAUAAAGAAAAAGCCCUGGACAUUGAUUCUGAUGAAGAGUCUGAGCCCCGAGAGCAGAAAUCAGAUGAAAAGAUUGUUUUUCACUAUAAGCCCCUGAGAUCAACAUGGAGUCAGCUGUCUGUUGUAAAGAAGAAUGGAUUAUCAGAAGCAAUCGGCCAGGAAGAAAGAAAAAGACAGGAGGCGAUAUUUGAAGUGAUAUCUUCUGAGCAUUCUUAUUUGCUGAGCUUGGAGAUUCUGAUACGGAUGUUUAAAAAUUCCAGGGAACUGAGCCUCACAAUGACCAAAACGGAGAGCCAUCACCUCUUCUCCAAUAUCACGGAUGUCUAUGAAGCAAGCAAAAAGUUCUUUAAAGAACUUGAAGCAAGACAUCAGAACAACAUCUUUAUUGAUGAUAUUAGUGAUAUAGUUGAAAAACAUACUUCUUCAACAUUUGAUCCAUAUGUAAAAUACUGUACCAAUGAAGUCUAUCAGCAGCGAACACUGCAGAAAUUGCUAGCCACAAAUCCAGCAUUUAAAGAGGUGUUAUCACGGAUCGAGUCCCAUGAAGAUUGCCGGAAUUUACCAAUGAUCUCUUUCCUCAUUCUUCCCAUGCAGAGGGUUACUCGUCUUCCCUUGCUGAUGGAUACUAUUUGUCAGAAAACUCCUAAGGAUUCACCAAAAUACGAGAACUGCAAGCAAGCUCUGAAAGAAGUGAGCAAGUUGGUGCGUUUAUGCAAUGAAGGUGCUCGGAAGAUGGAAAGGACAGAAAUGAUGUACACAAUUAACUCCCAACUGGAAUUUAAAAUCAAGCCAUUUCCAUUGGUUUCCUCUUCACGAUGGUUAGUGAAAAGGGGUGAAUUAACAGCAUACGUAGAAGACACUGGACUUUUUUCUAAAAGAACUUCUAAACAGCAGGUGUACUUCUUCCUAUUUAAUGACGUCCUCAUUAUCACCAAGAAGAAAAGUGAAGAGAGUUACAAUGUCACAGAUUAUUCUUUAAGGGACCAGCUGGUGGUACAACAAUGUGAUGGUGAGGACCUGACUUCUUCUCCUAUAAAGAACGCUUCAACUAUGCUCUACUCGCGGCAGAGUUCUGUACCUCACCUCUUCAGACUAGCGGUCCUCAGCAACCACGCAGGGGAGAAGGUGGGGAUGCUUCUGGGAACAGAGACGCAGAGUGACAGAGCUCGCUGGAUUACAGUGCUUGGACAAGACAGAGACGGGCAGAAAACUGACAGGACAACUUUGACUCAGGUAGAGAUCAUCAGAAGUUACACAGCAAAGCAGGCAGAUGAACUGUCUCUUCAAGUUGCUGAUGUUGUUUUGGUUUAUCAAAAAGUAAAUGAUGGUUGGUAUGAAGGGGAACGACUGCGGGAUGGCGAAAGAGGCUGGUUUCCUAUGGAGUGUGCUAAAGAAAUCACAUGUCGUGCCACAAUUGACAAGAACAUGGAACGGAUGGGACGCUUACUUGGACUUGAAACCAAUGUGUAG